AUGAGUGACAUAGAGGCUUGUAUUGAAAGGGCUAGGGAAGCGCUACAUGAACAAAAUGCAAAGGAAGCUUUGCGCAUUUUAAAGCCAUUCAAAAAAUCUCUUAAGACUACGAACGGAUCAAACGUUUUACUGCUUCAAACAUUUGCCAAUGCCUACCUCGAAGAUGGCCAGUUGGAAAAGGCAUAUCCACUAUUGAGCAGAGCAUGCGAAGCGGAUGUAGAAGGGACACAGGGUGGAUCCGAGAAGUUCUUCACUUUAGGUCAAGUCGCUGGUGGUCAGUUUGGUAUCAACAUAUUAUUGCAAGGUGUAGAGAAUGUUUCGCGAGAAGCCGGCGAUAAUUUGAACCAAGAACAGAUAGGGAAGAUUGUAAGUGGUCUGCUAUCGAUGGUCGAGAUCUGGAUGACUGACCUGUGUAUGGAGGAGACUGCAGAGGCACAAUCUGAAGAGCUGGUGAGCAAAGCCAUGGAAAUAUCUGAUGGGGUAUCGCCUGAAGUGUGGUCGACUUUGGGCUCCAUCAGAAUAUCGCAGCAAAGAUACAAAGAGGCCGUUGAUGCAUUUAUUCAAUCGUGGACAUUUUUUGAAAUGAGGAAACAAGAAAUUGAAAAGAGUCUUAAUGAUGCUGACGGCUCAACCUAUGAAGAUUACGUUCAAUUAUUACAACCGCUCUUGACGCUAGCAAAGAUGUGCAUUGAAAUGGGACUCUAUGAUAUUUCGUUGAAGAUUGUGAGCGCAAUCAAAGAUAUCGACGAGGACAAUUUAGAAGCUUAUUAUUUGGAGGGUUUCACAUAUUAUAUGAUUAGUAAGAUGGAGAUGUUUAAAAAUACCAACCCAACGGCAAAUGUGACUGCUGAGAACAUUUUUGAGUUUAAUCAGCAUUUCAAAGAAGUUCCACUAAGCCUAAACAACGAAUCUAUCUCAGAAGUUGUUCACGAAGCUAGGCUGGCAUUGAGUUUCGCAUCAAAGAUUGGAGGAAAUUGUGAUGCUACGGAUGAGGUUAUUUACGAGCUGCUUAUGGGUACUAAAGAGUUGUUGCAGGAAUUGGGAGGUCCAUUGAAUGACAAAGAGCUGAUGAAGGCAAGAAAGGGUGAAGCAGAGGAUGAUAAUGACAAUGCAGAGUUUGAUCUGGACAACAUUGGUGAUGAAGAUUGA